GCUGGCAGCCCAGUAACGAACGGUCUGAGAAAACAUUGAAAAUCAAAAAAUCGCAGUUAACGUUGGCGAAAACGCGAAAAUCGUGAAAAUCCACCGCCCCGCGCCCCGCCUGCAAAAGUGGCAAAAUUGCGAAAUUAAACAUCGAAAAAACCGAAAUCCCUUAAACCAAAUAGGAAAAUCGGGGGAAAGGAUUAAGAAAAAAGAAAACCCAGGACUUACAAGUGUGGCAAAAUCGGAUUACGGAUUACACAGAAAUUGAAAUAUAUAUACAUCGAAAAACAUAUAUAUAAAGCUUGUAUAUAGCUUGAUCCCGGGACUCGAUUUGCCCUUUAUCCUUGGCGGCUCGUCCUUUGUUGUUAUUGUAUUAUUAUAAUUCUCUCCAGGAUGUUGUCCCUGUCGUCGCCGCCGUGGCUGCUGCUCCUCGUCCUGUUCUUCUUCGCAAGUGGCUCGGCAACGGUGGUCUCCCUGGCAGAGAACGCGACACUGGCGACGAUACCUUCCUCCUCGCCGAUCUCCGUGAGCUUCAGCACCAGCUCUUCGUUGGCGGCGCCCAUUUCCACCGAACAGGAUAAUCAAACAGCCAGCAGCAGCGGCAACAUCAACGCGAACAACGAAGCCAGCGAUGAGCAAACUGGCAAUGCCAACAGCAACAUCAGCAGUCACAGCAGCAACAUCAGCUUGCCCAGCAGCAACACAAAUGGCAGCGGCAGCAGCAGCAACAGCAACAUGAACAGCAGCAACACUAGCAACUCCAACAGCAACUCCAGCUCAGUUGCCACUUUGAGCACAACGACAGCGGCCAAUUCUGGUGGGGAUCAGCAGGAGGCUCUGGUCCUGGCCACGCCCACAGCCCUGAAUGGCAGCAGCACGCCCCCCGAGCACCAGACAAUUGGCCAGGCCCCGCCCACCAAGGGUGAGCAGGAGGCGAUCCUGCGAGCCCUGGACUGGCUGAAGGAGAAGCGGGCCUCCGACUACGGCUGGGGCAACGACACCCAUGUGGUCAUCCUGGCCAAGGAGCUGUCGGGCGGGCGGGAUCCCAACGACAGUGUGGACGGGCACGUUCAGGUCAUCCAGGAGUUGGAGGACACGCUGUCCGUCAAGGAAAUGGAGAUCGAAAUACUGGCCAUGCUGGAUCGCCAUCACACGCUGCCCAAGCCCCUGGAUCUGGAUAAGCUGGCCAGAUAUGUGCUCGCCCUGGGCUCCCUAUGCAAGGAUCCCAAGCACUUUCAUGGCCACGAUCUGGUGGCCACACUGCAGCACCAUGAGCCGGCCCAGGACAUCGAAUUCGCCCUCACCACCCUAUCUGCCUGCAGUUCGGCGGCCCAUGUAAGGAAGCGCCAGAUCCGGAGACUCCUGGACAUCGCCAGCGGGGUCACGGAUCAGAGUGUGGACGCCAUUGCCAUGGUGAUCCUGGCCCUGCGGUGCAUCGUCACCGACCAUCGCCAUCGCCAUUUGCAGCACUUUGUGCGACGACCUGCCCGGGGAUUGGCCUCUCUGCAGGAUCAGCGCGGCAGCUUUGGAUCGCUGAGGAGCACGGCGCUGGCCAUGCAGGCUCUGCAGGAUCUGGAGUACGAUCCCGCUGGCCACUGGAAUCGCACGGCCGCCUCGCGCUACAUCCUCAGUCGCCAGCGGGCGGACGGCGGGUGGAGCGAGGAGCCGCUGCAGGAUGGCCAGGAACCCGACAUCGGAGUGGGCCUCACGGCGGACAUCAUCCUGGCCCUGGGCUGGAAGGGAUUGGGUGCGGUGCGCGCGUUGCAGUGCGACCAUGUGAUACGCGAGAGCAGCGAUCCCACGGAGAACGGUGAGCCCAAGUUGGCGGUGCCUUUCGGUCUGAGUUCCUCCGCCGAAGAGUCGGACGCCAAGAACAUCUCCUACACGUACACACUCUGGGUGGGAUCCAAUGUGACCGAGGCCUUCUCCCUGUCCCUCAUCUCGCCCAAGAACACCAGCUUCUUCAAGGCCAUGACCCAGGCGGCCGAAAUGGAUCCCAGAUUUAUUUUCGAGGCGCGGGAAUGGCCCAAUGGUCACUAUGUGCACACUCUGUAUGGCAAGAAGGAGGAGCCCCGAGGGUAUCACUACUGGCUGCUUUAUCGAUUGCCAGAGCUGCCCGAUCCCAAUAAUACGCCCGGGAAUCAGCUUAUUGCGCCUGUUGGUGUGGACGAGCUAAUGGUCGAGGAUGGGGAGCACUAUCUGUAUUGGUACAAGAAGCUCUAAGCACGCGGCCUUAGACGGAGCUGCAGUUUAACCCACUAAGCAAAGUCGAUAAACACCCGGUGCUAUCGGACUAUAUCUAUUCUAUAUAUAUGGCCAUAGUCACGUCUCACACACACACAACACACACGCAACAAGCGAAAAGGCACACACACUCGCACAGGAAUAGCUGUAUUUACAGGUAUUCCUGUUCAGGUGUACUGCUCCCUCUAUAUAUAUUGCAUAUAUAACUGCAUAAUAAUGGCGUAAUCAAAAAAAAAACUAAAAAGAAAGAAACAAAAAAAUAAGACACCCCAACAAGAGUACACGGAAAUCACAAGAGAGAGUGAAAGAUCGGUGAAAAGGAGGUAACUGUGGAGGCCCAGAUUUCUAACGGAUAACUAGGAUACAACACCCUUAAUAGUUAAUUGCUCUAGACCUCACAACUGAUCUCGAUUCGGAGCACCUCAGGCUAAUACUUAUGCAUAACGAUAACGAUAACUAAAAACGAUAACAAACCGAUAAAAACCAAAAAGAAAAAUGAAAAAGAGAGCGUGAUGAAAACAAAAAGUAACGACUUAAUGCACUAAAAACAGGCAUCGAACGGUUAGCCGUUGACUAACGGUAGCAAUCCGUCCGUUUUAGGCCCUCUCAAUGCUUCGCUUCGCAGCUAUCGAUGCUAAUCGGUUCUCGGUUAUCGGAGGCAUAAUCGGGCGAAUCGUUUGUGCGAUAAGCGAUAACUAUUUCGUUGCUCGUUCAAAACACCCAAAAACAAAAAAAAAAAUGAACAAAAACCAGAGAAAAC